AUGAGCUACAGGAGCCAGAGGAACUACAGAAGAGUUGAAGGAGCCACAGGAGCCACAGGAGCUACAGGAGCCACGGGAGCUUCAGGAGCUACAGGAGCGAAAGAAGCUCCAGGAGCAACAGAAAACAAAGAAGCUCCACCAGCCACAAGAGCCACAGGAAAUACAGGAGCUAGAGGAGCCACAGGAGUUGAAGGAGCUCCAGGAGCCACAAAAAACAAAGGAGCCACAGGAAAUACAGGAGCCUCAGGAGCCACAGGAACCACAGGAGUUGAAAGAGCUCCAGGAGCCACAGGAAACGAAGGAGCUACAGGAGCCACAGGACCCACAGGAAAUAGAGGAGCCAUAGGAGCAAAAGAAGACAAAGGAGCUCCAGGAGAUCCAGGAGCCACAGAAGACAAAGGAGCUAGAAGAGCCACGGCAGCUACAGGAACCACAGGAACCACAGGAGUUGAAGGAGCAAUAGGAGCUACACGAGACAAAGGAGCCACAGGACCCACAGGAGCUACAGGCACCACAGAAGACAAAGGAGCUACAGGAGCCACGGCAGCCACAGGAGCUACAGGAGCUAGAGGACCACAGGAGCUACAAGAGCAAAAGGAGCUCCAAGAGCCACAGAAAACAAAGGAGCUACAGGAGCAACAGGAGCCAGAGGAGCCAAAAGGAAAUACAGAAGCGACAGGAGCUACAGGAGCCACAGAAAACAAAGGAGCUACAGGAGCCACUGGAGGGCCUCAGGAGCCUCAGAAGCUACAGGAGCCAAAGGAGCCACAGAAACAACAGGAGUUUAAGGAGCCACAUGAGCCAAAGGAGUUCAAGGAGCCACAGGAGCUACUGGAGCCACAGAAGCUAGAGAAGCCACAGGAGCUACAGAAGCCACAGAAGACAAAGGGGCUACAGGAGCCACAGGAACCACGGGAGUUGAAGGAGCCAAAGGAGCUAGAGGAGCCAGAGGAGCUAAAGGAGCCACAAGGGCCUCAGGAGCUAGAGAAGCUAAGGGAGCUACAGGAACCACAGGAGUUAAACGAGCUACAGGAGCCAAAGGAGUUCCAGGAGCCACAGGAGCUACAGGAGCCAAAGGAGCUCUAG